AUGGAUGAACUUCAAUUGAUUCAGCUUCUAUCUCCGAUAAUCCGUUUCGUUCAACACCGAUCGAAAAUCCGUUUCCUUCAUCACCGAAUGAAAUCGCUUUUCCUCUCUUCUUCGGAAACCCCCAAUCUCUCUUCGUUCCAUUAUCUCAAAAUCGCUUGCUGUCUAAGGGAAAUUCUGUUUAAGGGCAACAUGCAGCUACCUCACACCUCUUUCCAAAAAAUGGGAGUUAGGGUUCCACCAUUGAAGAGGCAAGCAAGGUCAAAUUUCGGAUUCCCUUUUCAAAUUGUUCUAGCAGUUCAAUGUCAAGAAUGCUUUCCUACAUGA